GAGGACGGACGCCCCUUUCUUUUCUCUUCUCCCUGCAGUAGAGCUGCCCUAGAGGUGCUCCGGACGCUCCCAAUCAUCAGGUGGAAAGCCCGCCUGCACCCAGUCCGGGCCUGCGCGUCUUCGGGCUUUCACCCUGCAGAUCCCGUCCCCCGGCUCCCUCCCUCUAUUCCACCCGGGCUCCCCGAAGCCGCGCGCGCCGCAAACUCAGUCUUGGUCCCCGCAGGUGAUGUCAUGCCCAUUGUUUUGGUGCGCCCAGCCAAUCGGACUCGCCGCCUGGAUUCUACCGGAGCCGGCAUGGGCCCUUCCUCGCACCAGCAGCAGGAGUCCCCGCUCCCGACCAUAACGCAUUGCGCAGGGUGCACCACCGCUUGGUCUCCCUGCAGCUUUAAUAGCCCUGACAUGGAAACCUCAUUGCAGUUCCAGCGCGGCUUCUUCUCGGAGCCGCCGCCGCCGCCGCGCCCCUCGCACCUGCACUGCCAGCAGCACCAGAGCCAGGACAAGCCGCGCCCGCCCUUCGCGCCCCUCCCGCACGCUCCCCGCCACCCGCAGCCGGGCAGCGGCGGGAGCAGCCCAUGCCUCCGGUGCAACAGCUGCACCGCCUGCGGGGCCCCGGGGGCGGGCGCGGGGGCGGGGGAUAACCUGUCCCUGCUGCUCCGCACCUCCUCGCCGCUGUCGGGCUCGUCGUGCGGCUGCUGCUCGUCUCGCCGGGGCAGCCAGCUCAAUGUGAGCGAGCUGACGCCGUCCAGCCAUGCCAGUGCGCCCCGGCAGCACUACACGCAGCAGCCGGCGUCCGCCUCCCAGUACCACCAGUGCCACAGCCGCCAGCCCGCCGCCAGUCCCACGGGCAGCCUGGGCAGCCUGGGCUCCGGGCCCGCGCUCUCGCACCACCACCAUCCGCACCCGGCGCACCACCACCCGCACCAGCCCCCGGCGCGCCGCGAGAGCAACCCCUUCACCGAAAUAGCCAUGAGCAGCUGCAGGUACAACGGGGGCGUCAUGCGGCCGCUCAGCAACUUGAGCGCGUCCCGCCGGAACCUGCACGAGAUGGACUCGGAGGCGCAGCCCCUGCAGCCGCCCGCGUCCGUCGGAGGAGGUGGCGGCUCGUCCUCCCCGUCUGCAGCCGCCGCCGCUUCGUCCUCGGCCCCGGAGAUCGUGGUGUCUAAGCCGGAGCACAACAACUCCAACAACCUGGCGCUCUAUGGAGCCGGCAGCGGAGGCAGCACGGGAGGCGGCGGCGGCAGCGGCGGCGGGCACGGCAGCAGCGGCGGCCCCAAGUCCAGCAAAAAGAAGAACCAGAACAUCGGCUACAAGCUGGGCCACCGGCGCGCCCUGUUCGAGAAGCGCAAGCGGCUCAGCGACUACGCGCUGAUCUUCGGCAUGUUCGGCAUCGUGGUCAUGGUCAUCGAGACCGAGCUGUCGUGGGGCGCCUACGACAAGGCGUCGCUGUAUUCCUUAGCUCUGAAAUGCCUUAUCAGUCUCUCCACGAUCAUCUUGCUCGGUCUGAUCAUCGUGUACCACGCCAGGGAAAUACAGUUGUUCAUGGUGGACAAUGGAGCAGAUGACUGGAGAAUAGCCAUGAUUUAUGAGCGUAUUUUCUUCAUCUGCUUGGAAAUACUGGUGUGUGCUAUUCAUCCCAUACCUGGGAAUUACACGUUCACAUGGACGGCCCGGCUUGCCUUCUCCUAUGCCCCAUCCACAACCACCGCUGACGUGAAUAUUAUUUUAUCUAUACCAAUGUUCCUAAGACUCUAUCUGAUUGCCAGAGUCAUGCUUUUACAUAGCAAACUUUUUACUGACGCCUCCUCUAGAAGCAUUGGAGUGCUUAAUAAGAUAAACUUCAAUACGCGUUUUGUUAUGAAGACUUUAAUGACUAUAUGCCCAGGAACGGUACUCUUGGUUUUUAGUAUCUCAUUAUGGAUAAUUGCCGCGUGGACUGUCCGAGCCUGUGAAAGGAUACUCACCCAGGGCCCUUCUCCUGUUCAAGAUCUAACCAUUGAUGCCAUAUUUCCUAUUGAUUUAAACUUGAAACAUGUUGCUGAUGAUCCAGUUUCUUCAAUAGUUGUAAAGGCGGUUUUAAAAUGUGCACUGCAGUGCUGGGGAAACAUCGUGCCCGCCCUCAAUUUAAUACUGGAUAAUUAG